ACAUUGUCGACGAGUUCCCCAACCUGAUCCAUGUGAACACCCACUUCCACUUGGGUGCCGAACAUUGCAACUUUGAUGGAGGUGAGUACUCCCUGACCGCGGACGAAGCCCUUCCCGAUCCCAGCGCGAUCAUCCCAAAUGAUAUCCGCCCCGGUUUCUUCUGCGCUCCAGUGGAUGAGCCUCCAGAAAGUGGCGAUUUGACUCCUUACACCUUCCAGUGGUGCCAGGAUGUCGUAGUGGGGUACACCUAUGAAUUUCACUGGGUCUUCUCAACUGCAGGGCCCAAAGACGGGAUUUUGUCAGGUGGCUUGGGUGGUGUCUUUGCUCGAGACUUGAACCCAUCGGUGGUGGUGCGGGGUCAAGUGGCUCGCAUCGUGAACGAUCCAAGCCAACCGUACCCGAACUACAACACCACGUGGUUCGAACCAAUCAACGACGCCAUGGUGUACAUCGGAUCCACCACCAGCGACUCCUUCAACAACGAGAUGUGCUCUCCGUUCGAAGUGACAUGGUGGGUGGAUCGAACGUGCCGAGUAUUGUCCGCACAGAACAUGGACCGCAUGUGCAAGGACUUCUUGGACUUUGGUAUCGACAUGGAGCCUGAUACGCGACCGGCAUCAUCUCGGGAAAUUGUGGCACCCUUCAUCUCGGACACGAAUGCUACGAUCAUCACUUCUUCAUGA